UUAUCAAUCACUGUCAAGUUUGUAAAGCGUGAAGAAGUGUAUGAGAAUUGUUUUUGAAUAUUUCUCAUACUAGAACAUACAACAUACGUAAAAAGUGAGAUGACGUCACAUCCGAGCGGCAGCAGCCGUGCCGCGAGCGACAUCGACGUGCGCCGCCUCUACAGCCUCUCCCUCUCGCAGAUCAGAAAACAUUCGGAGCUCGGCAACUAUCACUACAAACCCUCGCCAUUCAACAUUCGCUGGAUCCACGGUUACAACGCCAAGGUGGGUGUGAUUAACUUGAACGACGAGGGCAGCACCAUCGCGCUAUACGCCGCCGGCAACUGCGCCGUACUCUAUAACUGGACCACCAACGAGAUGAGGAUACUGCAAGGACAUAAGCACAUAGUGACGUGCAUAGCCGCAGACAGCCAGGGCAAGUGGCUGGUGACUGCUGACUCGGGCCCUGAAAACGUUCUCAUAGUUUGGGACAGUUGCGACAACUUCCCUGUCAAGACACUCUUCUCUCCGCACGGGGGUACCAACAUCGCCAAAAUUACGCUUAGCCCCGACGCCAAGUAUCUCCUUACUAUAGGCUAUAGGGAGAAGGCCGUCGUAUACUGGUGGAUAUGGUCCUUCGGGAAUGAUGAACCCCACGCUACUCUGGAACUGUCCAUGCCUCGCGGCGCGAUCCUUGACAUGGCCUUCAACCCGAUACAGACUGAACAGUUUGUGCUGAUGACCAAACACGAUAUAUGGAUCGGUGUAUCUAGGAAAGUAUUUAUAUCAGAGCGAGGAGUGAUAAAAGAUACUAAUACAUACGAGUUAGUAGUACUAACGGUGCAAAGGAAGCAAAACGCGGAGUUUGGCAAGUUGACUUGCUUCACUUUCGUGAGGGAGACGGGCCAGAUACUGGCGGGCACCAACCGUGGCUACGCGCUGGUGUAUGGCUAUACGUCCGAGUUCAACUCUAACGUACAAGAUACGAAAAAUAUUGAGGAUAUGAAGUUUGUUAAGGGAUUGAAGAUACAACAAUGUAGAAUAGAGAUCAUUAAAAAUAUCGAUGGAGUUAUAGUGACAGGCAAUAGCGAGGGUGGUAUCCACUUUUACGACCCUCAGCUGAAGCUGCUGUACUGGGUGCACGGCUUCACCGUCGACAAGGUGACAGGUCUCAGCUUCAACGUCUCGCCAAGGAGUUACCAGAUCCUUGACCCGAAAUGCAAUAAGCAAUGCCUGUGCUGGGAGAAGGUGGUGCUCAAGGUAGACCCGGUGACAGGCGCCAGGCGACAGAAGCUGAUGAAGAGCAAGUUGCCUUCCGACGCCACUGUCCCUAACAAGCCCUUCGUCGUCAGGGAUUUUAUCGUGUGUACAAAGAACCAGGGUGUGGGCUUUGUGGAUUUCGUGGCAGAGAACAAUAAUACUUUCCUGGACAACAAGAUAUCGCCUGCGCUGGCUAUGACGGUGCACCCUGAGAAACCGUAUGUUUGCGUGGGCUAUGCGGACGGCAACCUGGAGCUGUACAACUUUGUGCGGCAUACCCUGUUUGCGCGGUUGCCGCUGCGGGACUUCUACAAGGUGGUGACACAGCCUGCUGACGACUCCAUCAGCUGCCUUGUCGAUGUCUUCUACCCCCAGCUCUCUGUUACAUGCCUCAAGUACUCUCCCAACGGUUUGCACCUAGCAUGCGGUCUCAACACUGGACAAUUGAUAUUCUUGGAUCCAACGACGGUUGAAAUAAGAACUAACACACCGUUCCAAGACACCCGAUUCUCUAUCAAGGAGAUGUCCUUCAGCCCCGAUUCUCUGUCUCUUGCCUUUUUUGACGCGGGUAGGACGGUAUGCCUGUAUAAGUACGACUGCGUUUCACUGACCUGGCAUUUCGUGGCGAAGCAUCGGGCACACUACAAAGAAGUUACGGCGGUCUUUUUCUUGCCUGAGAAGAACGAGAGCGGAGACUACAAGCUGGUAUCGAUGGGCGCCGACCGCACGAUGGUUGAGUACGACAUCGGCGCCAGCUCCGAAGAGUACUUGGAGAUCCUCAGCCUGGACAGAAUAGAGCAGACCGCCAUCCCUCUGGCCGGGAUCCCCUGGUCCUCGUCCAGAGAUGUUGACCCGGAGACUUGUCGCACCGAUAUGCCCAUGAUAUUGAUAGCUAAUGAUGAAUUCAAAUACAAGAUAGUAAAUUAUAAGACGACGAUGACGCUGUCGACGGUACUGGGGCCCCGUUUCGAGCAGCCGGUGCGCCGCCUGCAGCUGGUGACGCGCAGUGACGAUGACGAUGGCGCACAGUACCUGCUUUUCGCCACCAAGACCGUCGUUGGCUUGCAGAAGAUGCCACUUGACGGCAAUCCCUGGAAACACAUCGGCCUACUAGGGCAUCCCAUAGAGGUGAUACAAAUGUGUUAUCGAGAAGACUGUGGAAGUUUAUUUACCAUCGGAGCUAAGGAUAGCUGCAUGACGCAAUGGGCGGCUAAUUACAGGGCGAUCGACACGACAACAAAACAAGGCGGCACCGACUUGGAUCCUUACUACUGUCUGAUAGAGAAUGGCAGGCCAGGCUGGUUGUUCCACGAGAUCCGAGACCUGUUCUAUUACAUCCAGAUCCUAUGCCAGGGAACCUUCUCCCCCUCCAUUAGGACUGUAAAAGACUUCAUACCCAUAGAAACGCUGCCCGAUAUGAUGAGGGCUUUGGGAUUCUUUCCUUCUGAAUAUGAAGUUGAAAAUCUGAUUGUAGAGGCGAAGUAUAAAGUGUAUCAACGUCAACCCUCAACAGAAAUCGACUUCGAAGAGUUUGUAAAGCUGUAUUUGAACCAUCGGCCUGCGUUUCUAGAAAGCGCCAGACGUAUCAAGAAUGCUUUUAAACAUUUCGCCAAUCCGAUAGAUGGCGCUUACGUAAUGCCCAGGGAUCAAUUUAUUAAUAUGCUUAGUGAUUAUGGUGAACGAUUCCCGCGGGAACUAUCGUGGUACCUCUUGUCUAUUUUGUGUUGCCACAGUUUUGAGGAUCGAUCCGCGAUGUAUGAAUCAGAUUUUCAUUUCUUACCAGAAACAAUCAAUCUGAGUGAGCUGCUGUCAAAUAUAAUCGGCGUUGCGGACUACGACAACCUGUCUGAGUCGUAUUUUAAGGGUUCGGGGAGCUCCAUGCGCAGCACCUCUACAGACUCCGACAACUAUUCACCCCAGUGACUUCUGACAUCAUCAUCAGCCUGUCAUCAAUCUCUCAAAAUAUUUUUUAUCUAUAACCUAAUAUGUCACAUAAGGCAUA